GCCAUCUUUCAUGUUUUCGUUCACGUUUUCUGCACAUUUUGCAAUCUAUCCGUAAAAACUACAGAAUACUUGCUGCAUUUUAUUUGUUGUUGAAUGUGAAUAUUGCCACCAUGUAUCAACAACCUGCUAGUCAGGCGAACAGGAUUACGCUGGACGAUUACAACAGCGAUUUGCACAUUUCAAUUGGGCCCGAUGGAGUGACUGGAUGGGACAUGCACGACAAAGGCUUUGAGUACUUAUGGGCUGGUGUUCGCGCAUCACACGGUGUAGCGCGUGGGAAGGUAUGCUUUGAAUGUACAGUGGUGGAGAACUCUCCAGUUGAUAUGCCAGACACAGAAUCUGCCAAGCAUGUUUGCAGAGUAGGGUGGUCAGUACAUAGUUCUAACAGUCAACUUGGCGAGUCAAACCUUUCCUAUGGCUAUGGUGGUACUGGAAAAUCAUCAUCAAAUAAUAAGUUCUUGGAUUACGGUCAACCGUAUGGAGUUGGAGACACCAUCACCUGUUAUUUAGAUUUGGAAGCCAAUCCUAAGGCAAUUUUUUUUGCAAAGAAUGGACAAUAUCUUGGUGUUGCUUUCAAUUUAGGCCCAGAAAUCAAUGGAAAAACCUUGUUUCCUCAUAUUAAUGUGAAAAACACAAAGUUUGAAGUAAACUUUGGAGACCGAUCACCAAGGUUUCCCCUAACUCCUGGUUUCCAGAUGAUUCAGUGGUUACCUCCUCAUGCUCUACUCCAAGCUACUAUUCCGUCAACCCGAAAAGAAGAUCAUGAAAUUAUUAUGAUGGUUGGUUUGCCUGGUGCUGGUAAGAGUACUUGGGCUGAAGAGUAUGCAAGGAAGCAUCCAGAGAAAAAUUUCUAUAUUCUAGGAACAAAUGCGAUAAUUGACAAAAUGAAAGUGAUGGGGCUCAAGAGACAGAAAAACUAUCAUGGGAGAUGGGAUGUCCUUAUAAAGCAAGCCACAGAUUGUUUGAAUAAAAUUUUUAAAGUUGCUGAGAGAAGAGUUCGAAAUUAUAUUCUUGAUCAAACAAACGUGUACUUUACUGCCAGGAGAAGAAAAAUGAACAACUUCAAAGGUUAUAGGCGAAUCGCAGCUGUCGUUGUGAAUACGCCAGAAGAACUUAAAAAGAGAACCGAAAAAAGGGAGAAAGACGAAGGCAAAUUUGUACCAGAAUCUGCUGUGAAAGAAAUGAUGGCAAAUUUUUCUCUACCUGAAGUAGGGGAAAGCUUUGAUGAGGUAUGGUUUGUUGAAGAAGAGGGUCCAAAAGCCAUCCAACUGGUUGCCGAUUUCAAGAAAGAUGGCAUGUUAUUCAAACAAGCUGGACAAAAACGUGGAAUAGAAGAUUCAAGCCAGCCUGAUAGCAAACGUUUUGCUUCCAGUCAGGAUGGUUUUUCUCCCAGAGUGGGUCCCAGAGGACCAUCUCCCAGAGGGGGUCCGGGUGGGUAUGCAGCAGGAGGUCCGCCUCCUCUAUCAAGAGGUCCUCCACCCUUUGCAGCUAGAGGACCACCUCCACUCGUAGGAGAUGGACCACAUAGAGAUUAUUACCCUCGAGGUGUAACUUCUGAUUACCGAAGUCCUUCCGGGGGUGAUUAUGGCAGAGGUCCACCUGCACUCAGAGGACAAUCACCUCCUAGAAACACUUACCAGCCCAGUGCAUCCCAACAACUGCCUUAUCCGAGUGGAGAUGCAGGCUACUCAAAGCAGUCUGAUUAUUCAGAGAAUCCACAGUCAUCUUAUGGUCAAUCAUACACAGGAGCUGGAAAAACGGGAAGUUUGGGAGGGUAUGGCAGUGAAGCUAGUGCUGGGCAUUCAUCUUAUAGUCAGGGAUAUGGUGACACUUAUGGGAGUCAGCAAGCCAGGAUGCAGUUAUACGGUGGUGGUCAGUCUGUGUCACAGCCCGGAUAUGAUGCUUAUAGUCAACCAAGUCCAGCUUACGGAGGUCAAGGAAAUUAUGGAAGCCUAGGAGUCGGUGGCAUGGAAGGCAUGGGUGUCGGUCAAGGAGGGGGUGGUGUUGCUGGUGCUGCUGGUGGUGGUGGUUAUCUUGGCAUGCAAGGAGGAGCUGUAGACAAUUUUAGUGGUCAAGGGAGAGGGUAUAUGGGCAAUCAGGGGGUAGGUGGAAUGGGAAGCUAUAGAGGUGGUCAGUCAGGAGGAAAUCUAAGCAGUGGGUAUGGAAAUUACCAGUAA